AUGGUUCCAUCUAUUUCAGGAUUUAGCAUUGAUGAAUAUUGCCUAAAGAAGUCAUGGGGUGUAAAUAAAAGAAAUCGUAAAACACUUAAAAAAACAACCAAAUUAUCCAAAAGAGAAGACAGGAUUAGUAGUUUACCAGACGAAGUAUUAGGUAGAAUUCUAUCUUUACUUCCUACAAAACAUGCUGUUGCUACUACUAUUCUUUCAUCAAGGUGGAAGAACCUUUACAAACUUAUUAGUACUUUUGAUUUUGAUGAUUCGAUUACUUUUAGUUCUCGAGAUGAUUCGGGAAACAAUAGCAAGAAGGCUAGUUUCAAGAGAUUUGUGAAUGAGAUGUUGUCGCGGUGUAAGAUGUCUUGUAUUACCAAGUUUCGGCUUAAAUGUGGGUGCUACCGAUACAAGAACUCUUUGUUGUGUGAUUGGAUUAAUGCUGCUUCUUUACAUAAGGUUGCUGAACUUGAAGUAUCAAUUAAUAUGGCAUUUACUUGUAGAGUACCUUGUGUGCUAAAACUUGAUCAAUUGAACUGUGAGAGUUUGGUGGUUCUGAAGUUGGAUUGUGGGUUUGUACUGUGUGUUUCAAAACCAUUUACUUUUCCGAAGCUCAAAGUCCUUUUUCUUGAAGGAAUUAUGUUCCGAGGAAAUGGAUUAAGUCGGUUUAGUAACUGUUAUGAACCUUGUUUGGAUGAUCAUGGUCUUAAUGGGAUUCUGUUUGGUUGUCCAUUGCUCGAAGAAUUGGUGAUUAACGGGUGUGAUUGGAAUGGCGGUGAUCUUUACUUCGCUAACCCUUUGCUUCGAAGGUUGACACUUGAGUCUGGGAUGACUGGACCUCUAGACCAACUCAAUAGCUCUAUGGUUUAUCUAAAUUUGCCGAGUUUGGUUUACUUUAACUACUCCGAUGGCUUAGCAGAGCAAUAUGAUUUCAGAAAUCUGAGUAAUAUCAUUGAGGCUCGUAUUGAAAUUUGUUUUAAUGAUGAUGAAUUCGAUGAUCAACAAGAUCUUUGCGACACUAUUCUUGAUCUUAUCACCGGGGUUAAUAGAUGUCAAUCCUUGAACUUGUCCCGUCAAUGCUUGGAGGCUCUUACAAGUGGUGAUUUCGAACUGCCUAUCUUUUGUAAUUUGACUUGUUUGGACCUCGCUCUUGGCCAUGACGUUAGCUGGAAUGAUGUGCUGCUAGACUUUCUGAAUAGCUCUCCUUGUUUGCAGUCUCUUACCUUGGAGCAGGGAUUCUUGAGAUGCACCUACAUUCUACAAGAUGGAGGAGACUUUUUGCUAGAUGGUGAAGUAGACGAUGACUUCUUGCUAAUGGAUGAAGUAGUGCCGCCUUGUGUUCAUUCUCGGUUGAAGUUUAUCAACAUCAAGGAAUUCAGAGGAUUCACAGGGGAGAUGCAAAUGAUCAUGUAUUUCCUUGCGAAUGCUCAUCUUUUGGAGGAGAUGGUCAUACAUUGGGAUCAAAGAAUAAGAAAAAGGGACUCUUUUGCUAAAGAAAAGGAAAUAUUGGAGUUGCCAAAGUCUUCUACAUCCUGCUCAAUCGCAUUUAAGUGA